AUGUGGCGUGGUUCGAUAAUGAGCAUAAUCCCAGUGCCUUCAGGGAUUGAAGUGUUUUCAAUCUUGAUUGCUGUUCUUGGGGUUUACGAUGACCUCAGGAAGAAAUACACCAUAAGAGAGUCAUUACUCCUUCUUCUGAUUUUCCCUGAUGCCAAACGAAUGGUCGAGGAGGUGGAACGCCACAUCCUCCAUUCAACCUCAAACGAACCAGCAGUGUUUCGAAGAUCGAUAGCAGAGGACUGCACAAUGCUGGCUGUUGCGGCGGCUAUAGUAGCCCAGGUUGCCAUUACAGCCUUAUCGCUUGAAGACAUUGACCAGGUUCACUGGACUGCGAGUGCAGCAUUCGUGCUCAGCUUGACGACUGGGGGUCUGUCGGUCUUUUACGCAUGCCUGAUCCAACAAAAGAUGAAUAAGCUUUUCAGCGCCAGCGACGUCAAAGACUUUUUCACCGAGGCCGGUAUUCCUCAGAAACUCCGUAUCUUGGAGCAAGAGAUCAACGGCCUGCGCGCGAACAUGGAGUCGUGGGAGCCGGGCCCGGGAGCCGCCGCUGCCCGCGGUGGAAUCGAACAAGCGCAAGAGACGAUAUCGUCCGUUCGCCGGGAAGGGAAUAUAUGGGAGUCUGCGUCACUUCCAUCCAUCCUCAUGGUGGCAGCACCCAGUACUCUCUUGAAGUACGCACUUGGGUCCUUCGUCACGGGGCUUGGUGUGUAUUUUGGGUGCUUGGCGUUCCAAGAUAUAGAGACCCAAAAGCCUCGAUCUCAUCACCGUGCGGUGUUCAUUGUCUAUAUUGUAGCCACAUUGCUGGGCCUAUCGAUGUAUUACGUUCCGUUGACCAUAAAACACUCAGAACUAUCGUCGCUGCUUUCCCCCUUCCAUCGCUGGACCUGGUAUGGAGCAGCGAACGCAAGGGAAGUCGAAGCGACAGUAAGCCGGAUUCAAGAAAUAACAGACCGUGCUCGGGAGGUACGAGAGUUGAAUCAGGAUAUAGCCAACCAACGGCGGCCCGGUGAAAAUAGGGAAGCCGAUCGAAAUCCCCAGCCUGACGGAGCUGCUGACCAUGUCAACAAUCAUAUCCAUCACCCAGAGGGAGUCGACCCGCAGCUGAACCCUUAUGCGAGGACACCAGAGGCUCCCGGCGCGGUGACAUACCCAGAACCAGUCUAA